UUCUGCAGGGGCGGAGAGGAGCGGAGCGUAGCAGACAGAGAGCUGCCAGGCUGCGCUGACAGUAAAAGGUUUACAUCCGAGAGCUGGAGACGAGCUGGACUUUCUACAGCGAGACCCUCCCCGGUGAUAAUAUUCAUACAGAAAAAGAGAGAGCGUCGAUCUGUACAUAGAGAGGGAGAGAGAAGACGAAGAGAGGACGCGUCGUUGUUCAGAGAGGCAGACGAAUUAAGAGUCGGCUCCAAGUUGCUCCUGCGCUCCGCUCCUGCGCUGAUGGCAUCCGUGCUUGGAAACAACAGCCGCACGUCGGGCGCUCCGACCGGCCAGGUUAGGUGCAAGCUGAAGCGGAGGAGGAGGAGGCGAUCCAAGAGAAGAGUGUUUCCUCUGUCAGAGAAAGUCAGUAUGCUGUCGGCAUUGAUCGCUCCCUUCAAGUACAUAAGCCCUGGGACCAGCAGCACGGAGGACGAGGACAGUUUAAGCACAAGCAGUGCAGAAGUAAAGGAAAAUCGUAACAUCGGUAACUUGGAGGAUCUCUCCAUCAGCUCCGGAGAAUGCCAGUCAUUUUUCUGCUCUGACUCUUCGAGAGUGGGCAGCUCUGGUAUGAAGAGGAAGCGACCUCUGGAGGAAGACAACAACGGACACCUUUGUCAGCUGCGUCUGAUCUAUAAGAAACUGUCCUGGUCUGAGGCACCAAAGAAUGCUCUAGUACAACUGAAUGAGCUUCGGCCAGGCCUGCAGUACCGCAUGGUGUCCCAGACUGGCCCUGUCCAUGCUCCCGUCUUCUCCAUUGCUGUGGAAGUUAACGGACUGACCUUCGAGGGUACCGGACCCACAAAGAAGAAAGCAAAAAUGAGGGCUGCAGAACUGGCUCUCAAAUCCUUCAUCCAGUUCCCAAAUGCUCCUCAGGCCCACCUGGCCAUGGGAAACAUCUCAAACCCUUCAGCAGACUUCACAUCCGACCAGGCCGACUUCCCGGACACGCUUUUUAAGGAAUUCGAGUCGUCACCAUGCUCCAAUGGCCUAACACUUUGUAGCCCUGAAAAUGAGAGCGAGCUGCUAUCAAGCGAAUUGCUUAGACACGGACGGCUGCUGCGUCAUACAUUGGACCUCAUGGUGCAGGCUCAGCAGAGGCUUGGCGGGAUCAUUCCGGAGCCUGAGACACCAAAAAGCCCGGUGACGUUGCUCAAUGAGCUCCGGCCAGGGUUGCGCUACGCCUGUCUUUCAGAGCGAGCCGAUGGCAGGCGGCUGCGGAGCUUUGUGAUGGCAGUGCGUGUGGAUGGGCGGAUAUUUGAGGGCUGUGGUCGCAGCAAGAAGCUUGCCAAGACCCAGGCAGCCCAGUGUGCUCUUCAGGCCCUCUUCAACAUCAGGACAGCCCCUGAAGGGAGGACAUGCCUCAAAGCCAGCAGGAAGAGUUGUCCUCAUUUACCCCAGGAGUUUGCCGACUCAAUAUUCCAGUUGGUGAGGGAGAAGUACCGGUCACUGGUGGGUGGUUGCAGUCCAGCGCAGGCUCGACACAAAUCCCUGGCAGGCAUCGUAAUGACCCGAGAUCUGGACCUCAGACACGCCCAGGUGGUGGCGCUUUCCACAGGAACCAAAUGCAUCAACGGGGAGUACCUGAGCGACCAAGGACAAGUUGUCAAUGACUGUCACGCUGAAGUCACAGCUCGUAGGGCUUUGAUACGUUUUCUCUACUCUCAACUGGAACUCUUCUUGAGUAAAAGGUUGGAGGACUGGGAGGAGUCAAUAUUCGUCUGCCACAAAGAAAACAGCUACAGGCUAAGAGACAACAUCCAUUUCCACAUGUACAUCAGCACUUCACCGUGUGGCGACGGCAGGCUCAACUCGCCAUAUGAAAUUACAACUGAUUUAAACAGCAGCAGACACCUUAUGAGGAAGCAUCGAAGCCACCUGCGAACCAAAAUCGAGUCUGGUGAAGGGACUGUUCCUUUGCGAUGCCGAGGGCCCGUCCAGACGUGGGAUGGCAUUCUACAGGGGGAACAGCUUAUUACCAUGUCCUGCACAGACAAGAUCACCAGGUGGAACAUCUUGGGCCUGCAGGGGGCGUUGCUGAGCCACUUUGUAGAGCCAGUGUACCUACACAGCAUUACUGUUGGCAGCCUGCGCCACACGGGUCAUCUGGGCAGAGUUCUGAACCAGCGGCAGGAGCGCCUGGGCCCUCUGCCCACUACAUAUAGACGCAGCCAGCCCCUACUGAGCGGACUAAGCAAUGCUGAGUACCAGCACCAGGGGAAGGCCAUGUGCGUUAGCGUCAACUGGACUCUGGGCGACCCACAGCUGGAGGUGAUCAACACAGCGACGGGACGGCGACGGGAUUCAGGGACACCCUCACGCCUCUGCAAGCACGCCCUGUUCACCCGCUGGAACAGACUGUACCGUAAGCUUGGGGUUCACGUCUCCAGCUUAGCAUCGGACUGCCAGCCCAUGUACAGCGAGGCCAAGAUGGCGGCGCGUCCUUACCAGACAGCAAAGCAGCAGUGGUUCAAGUCUCUGCAGGAGACGGGCCUUGGUACCUGGGUGAAGAAGCCACCGGAGCAGGAGCAGUUCCUGCUUUCUGUCUAAGUGUGUGUGUGUAUGGGGGGGAGGUGUGUGUAUGACCUUUAUUUUUUUUUAGGGCAAGAUGACUUAUCUCACAGCUUCAUACCACGAAGUGUACCCUCCAAACUGAAGAUUAUCAACCCCUGUGUGUGUGUCUGUGGUUCAUUCUGUUUGUUGUCGCCCUUUCAUUCCGUCACUGAAACCACUAGUGGGAAGGUCAGACAGGAGGAAAACUGGAGUUGAAAAGCUGGAUGUUUUCCUCUGACAAUCUUCAAACACAAACACACAGGUUUAAACAAACACCCAUCUAAAUGCACCCCAUUCCCUUAUGUGGCUGUCAAGGAAAAGGGGUUGGGGUAACCUUGAGCAGAAUAAAAGGCAGCCAAUAUCUUGUCAUCAGCUAUUUCCGGGCCCUGCGGCUCCCGCUGAGGAGUGAAGCCACAGGGGAGAGAGAGCGAGACAGACAGAGAAAGGGGAAGGUAAAAAAAAAAAAGAGGGUCCACGUCCAAUUACCGGCCCUGUCAGGGUGACUUGUGAUGGAGACGGAGGAAGGGAGUGAGGAAAGAGAAGGACAGGGUGUUUCACCUUCUCCUCUUUUAUUACUACCUCUGCCCUCCUCCUCUUAAUUCACCCUUUUAACUCUUCUGUGCCCUCUUUCUCCCUCGGGGGAGCUAAACAUGAGACGACAGGUUAAUGCACCACUCAAGAAGGCGAGGUGUAUAAAUGACAUCGUUACAACUUGACUAAAUACAAGAAGG